AUGAAAGAUCUUGGCAUGUUAAAAUAUUUUCUUGGCUUUGAAGUUGCGCGUAAUGCGUCAGGUUUCUACUUAUCUCAGAGGAAAUAUGCCCUUGAUAUUAUCUCUGAAACUGGCUUAGUUGGAGCUAAGCCAUCAUCGGUUCCGAUUGAACUCAACCAUCAACUAGCCCGUGAUGAAGGACCACUGGCAAAUGCUGAACAAUAUUGUCGCCUUGUGGGGCGCCUGAUCUAUCUCACGAAUACUCGACCUGAUCUUGGAUACACGGUUCACAUCUUGGCCCAAUUCAUGCAGAAGCCGCUGUUACCGCACUGGGAGGCGGCGUUACGUGUGGUACGAUAUCUUAAGGGCACGCCAGGACAAGGUAUCUUCUUAAAAGCUGAUGAUCCGAUGCAAAUAAGCAUUUACUGUGACGCGGACUUGUCUGCUGCCCUCGGACUCGACGUUCAUUGA